AUGGAAAAAACCCGAGGAGCCAAGUCCUCAUCUCCAUCGACCCGCCCGAGAGCCCUAAGAGAGACACCUGUUCAAGGCUCCAUACCCGAGCCUCCACAGCCAUUGGUCGUCCCACCUCCAGUUGAGGAUGCACCCUUGAGUCCUCAUUCGAGACGAUAUGAGACGAGGAGGCCACCCACCACACCCGGGGCAAGCUCUAUGCAAGCCAAAAAGUCAGGUAGCCGUCCCCUUAAGAAGAAAGCCAGGGUAUCAGCACCAAUUGACUUAUCAAAGCCGUCUUCAAAGCCUCCAUCAGAGCCUCAGCCAUCUCAGACACCUACCACAGAAUCUCAGAUUCCCUCAGGGAUGACUCCUGAGGUGGUUAUCAGACCUGAGCCUAUGAUGUUAAGGAGGGAGAUAAAGAGGUUGAUAUGCCCACAUCCAAGCUAG